AUGGUUAAAACUAUCAAGAGUAAGCCAUUUGACAAACCUGAAGUGGAAGGCACUGUCAGCCACAAUCUCUUUACUGGCCACCAGCCAGAUAGUCUUCAUGGGUUAAACACAUGCACUCACUCCCCCGGUUGUGACGGGCCCCGGGCCAGCAGACAUUCCGAGUACCUAGUUAUCUUUAAGGUGAACACCGUCCUUCUGCGGGUCAGUGACUGCCGAGGCCUUGGUGUCUCUCAUCGUAGCGGGACACGGAUCUCGGUGCGUAGCCGCUUCUCUUCACGUCCCUGCCAGCGCAAGGCUGACCUUCUUAUCCUUAAAGAAAUACACAAAGUGUAUCUCCUCCUGCAGGCCCACGUCCGAACCUCCACCCGAACUCUCCGCACAGACACGGGCCUGAGCCUCAGCAGAGCCUGGCGCCGCAGGAAGGAGCGACAGCCAGAGCCUAGACAGGCGCGGCAGGCGGCCUCUCGCGGCGCCUGGAGCCGGAGGGGAUUCCAAGCUGAGGAGAUCUGGGAAACCGCCGGACCGGACCCGGCGUGUACGCGCUCUCAGCCUUGGUCACCGCGUCGGGGUGGCGCCUCUAGUGAGGCGUGUGCAGGCUCUGUCUGCGUCCUCAUCCGGUCUUCCCGCGCCCCUCUCGGGCGUCCGCGCUCCGGCGUCCUGGCUGCCCGGUUCGUGGCUAUCCGGGCAGUGGCCUGGCUGCUCGUUGGGUUGGCCGGGCUCACCCACUCGCUGGCCUCGGCCUUCAGCGACGCCCCCUUUGGCGCUGGCAUCAGGGCCACUUGUUCUGAAAUUAUUUUGAGGCAAGAAGUUUUGAAAGAUGGUUUCCACAGAGACCUUGUAAUAAAAGUGAAGUUUGGAGAAAGCAUUGAAGACUUGCAGACCUGCCGACUCUUAAUUAAACAUUAUAUCCCAACAGGACUUUUUGUGGAUCCAUAUGAACUGGCUUCAUUACGAGAGAAAAACAUAACAGAGGCAGUGAUGGUUUCAGAACAUUUUAAUAUAGAAGCCCCCAAUUAUCUGUCCAGGGAAUCUGAAAUUCUCAUGUAUGCCAGAAAAGAUGUCCAGUGCAUUGAUUGUUUCCACGCCUUCUUACCUGUGCACUACCGUUACCAUCGGCCACAAAGCAAAGAUGGAGAAACACAUAUUGUGGUCAACAACCCAGAUCUGUUGAUGUACUGUGACCAAGAAUUUCCGGUUUUGAAAUGCUGGGCACAAUCCAAAGUGGCAGCUCCUUGUGCUUUCAAGAGUAAGGAUAUCUGCCAGUGGAACAGUAUGAAGUAUAAGUCGAUCCUCAAGAAUGUAACCUUACAUGUUCCAGUAGGACUGACUAUACAUACCUCGUUAGUAUGCUCUGUGACUCUGCUCAUUACUAUCCUGUGUUCUAUUUUAAUCCUUCUUGCUGUUUUCAAAUAUGGCCACUUUUUCAUAUAAGUUUUUUACAGUUAAAUGUUUUCUGUAAUCCUAAAUAACUUAUUUGUGUUUAGAAAUGUUCUUCUAAAAUUCAUAACUUUUGUGUUUUAUUUUCAUUUAUAGUUAAAGUUGCCAGAGGAA